AUGAAAGCUGCCAUCAUUUUAAUUGCUGCUCUACCCGGUAUCGCUUUUGCGGCACCGAAAUUCCACCUAGCCGACAAGAGAGAGCCCUUCAAGGACCUGACAAGUCUGCACUACCAGCAGAAUCUACCCGUCACUGAGGCUUCUGCCAACAACGACCGCCGAGAGGCUUCGAGGCCAGUCAAGGACAACCGCAACCUUCACUACAACUCCAAGAAGAUGCCCAUCGCUAUGGCGUCGCCCGGCCGCCAGUGA